AUAUUGUUCCCGCAGUUCCAAUGGACUCACAGUAAAUCUGCCAAAAUUUGCGCCUUUUGCAACGACGGCAAGAGGCCCGGAAUACCGGAUUUUGCCAAAAGCAAUCAGGAAUUACGGCACAACUUAUAUGAAAGCGAUGACAUAUAAAAUUGUAGAAGUACUUAGUCCUAUUUCUCUUUCUAAGAGUUCCGCAGUGAUAUAAUUUCAUUCCAUGUCAGGAAGCAAUAUCUCGAAGUCUCAAUUCUCGCUGAAAAGAUUUUCCGAUGUGACAUCACUUGCUUCCCCACCAGAUAAUCGCCGUGCCAUAUAUACAGCCAGUAACAGCUGUAGUACUCAAGUACCUCAAAAUCUGUAGAUCACCCUUCCACAUUCAAGCAGCAACUAAACUCGGAUCUCAGUUCACGAUAUCGUUUAGUAAUGUCUUCCAUACAAACAUGGACGGUCACGGAACCAUACAUCAACCCACACUGUGGGCUCGGUGAAGCUCCCUUCUAUGAGCCUUCCACCAACACACUCCGCUUUGUGGACAUCAAGAAGAAGCGUCUCCAUACAAUCGAUCUGAAUGUUGGUCCAUCGUCUCUUACGACCAUGCAGCUAGAUAUUCCUGUCGGCGUAACAGCUGAUAUUGAGGGUAUAGAUUGCACCGAUAGGAUAUUGGUGGGUGGUAAAAGCGGGAUCUACGUACUUAGAAGAAGUGAUGGAGAGAUGAAGUUAUUGAAGAGGUUUUAUGAUAGCGAGGAAAAAGAUGAGAGACUGAGGAGUAAUGACGGGGCCGUAGAUCCAAAAGGAAGAUUUUGGAUAGGGACUAUGAAUGACUUUUGGGUGGGGGAGCCACAAAGUGAAGGUACAAUGUUCCGCUUCGACAAUAAUCUCACACGCCAUACUAUUCGUGAAGGUUUGACAAUUCCUAAUGGAAUUGGCUGGUCUGCAGACCAAAAAACUAUGUACUUUACCCAUACAACCGAGCAAACUAUCUGGGCGUACGACUACGAUGCCUCGACUGGCGAUGUGACCAACAAGCGGGUAUUUUGGAAACUCGAUGGAGAUGGAGAGCCCGAUGGAUUCAAGUUCGACUCUGAAGGGAAUAUCUGGCAAUGUAUAUUCGGCGAAGGGCGUGUGCUGAAGAUUGAUCCUCAAGGCAAAGUCGUUGGCGAAAUCAAGUAUCCAACGAAGUGUGUGACUUGUCCCGUAUUUGUGGGCACUGAGUUGUGGGUCACGAGCGCAAGUGAUGGGGGCGACGAGUAUGCGGGAGCACUAUUCAAGGUCGACGUUGGGAUUGGCGGGCUAAAGGACUUCAAGUUCAAGUUAGCUAAAGGAAGUGCGGAGCUAUGAUUCUUCGGACCCGAAGUGUGAUUCUUCAAUUAGAUGAAUGGUUAUGGAGAACAUGUAGAUGGAAACUAGACUACUGCACUUACUACUUUUGGGCCUAGUGUUUCCUACCAGUUUUCACAGUGGCUUGACUCAGGAGAGAGCAGCAGAACUCAAGUAUCAUUCGUACAAUCUAAAUGAAUAUUGAGUGCAUCGGUGGCUUAUCUCGGGGCUGCGACCUUCGAGGAACGUGAAGGAAGUCUUUGUGGCAGUUUUCGAAAGACGGAAACAUAUUUUUACUCCAAUGUUUUCAAACAAUGAAAUUCCGUGUGCUUCUGUGAAGAUAAGGAAUCAAUAUCCUUGAAGAAAUUUGAUAAUUCACUGUCAAUUGUAGAAGUAAAUAUGAUAGAAGUUCGCACACUAUAGGCUUAGCGUCCCGGCGCGCUACCAUAGGCGACAAAAUCUUAAGUUAACCUCUAAUAUCAAAAUCGCUUCUCCAAAUACCUGCUAUUCCUU